GCUCGCUGCUCCGAGUCCGCCCGCCUGUCUAUCGCGCCGGGAACCCGGCCCCACCCCGCCCCGGCCACCCGGCUAGCCGCCUCCAGGGGAGGACGCGCAGGAGCCAUGGGCCGCUGGCCCCGGAGGGCGGCGGCGCUGUUGCUGGGGCUGCUGGUGAAGUGCUCAGAAGCCAAAAAACAUUGCUGGUAUUUUGAAGGACUCUACCCAACAUAUUAUAUAUGCCGUUCCUAUGAGGAUUGCUGUGGCUCCAGGUGCUGUGUGCGCGCCCUCUCCAUCCAGAGGCUGUGGUAUUUUUGGUUCCUCCUGAUGAUGGGUGUACUCUUCUGCUGUGGAGCUGGCUUCUUCAUCCGCAGGCGCAUGUACCCACCACCACUGAUCGAAGAGCCUGCGUUCAACGUGUCCUACACCCGGCAACCCCCAAACCCCACUCCAGGAGUCCAGCAGCCGGGGCCACCAUAUUAUACCGACCCUGGAGGAUUGGGUGUGAAUCCAGUGGGGAAUACCAUGGCAAUGGCUUUCCAACCCAAUUCACCCCAGGGAGCCAUGACCUACCCACCUCCUCCUUCCUACUGUAACACUCCCCCACCCCCUUACGAACAGGUGGUAAAGGACAAGUAGUGACACACAGUGGGGGAAGGUGGAAAGACCAGAUGGGCUUUUCAAAGGCCCUCCCCAUCCCCAUGGACAUUGGCUUCCAGGAAUGGCCCAAGGGCAAACUCCUCUGAUAUCUUCAAAGCAAGCACAGUUCCCUUUCAAGUUUUCCAUGGAGGACAAUAUUUGAACUCACAGGGUGUCUCCUCUGUUGCUUUUGUUUCUGAUAGAGUCUGGCGGAAUGUGACAACAGUCCUCAAGGAUUGGCAUUCUUAGGGUGACAUGACCAUAUCAUCAUGAGAGAGGCUAGGAGGAGAGGAAAACAGAGCCUGCACAUGAGGGAGAAUGGAUAGAGGGUGAUUAACUGAGCUGAGUCCAGUAGGCAGCUUAGCCUAUGAACAAGCAGCUGGGCAGCGAGGAGGAGCCCACAGGGUGCCUGUCAGCUGACCUAGCCAAUUCUUCUUCCUGAAGCUAUUAGAGAUACGAAGAGGGGAAUGAGCCUCUUUUGUGUCACUCACCUCCUGAAGAUAAACAACCCCCUUAAUAUCUUCAAUUUCCACUCCCAUCCCAAAGGUAGGCUUCCCUCUGUACAGACCAGAAAACCUCAUCUGCUUCCAGAUGAAGAUCAGAAUCAGGACCAAGAUGAACAUUGCAGUUAUCAGAAGAUCACUAAGGAAAGUCAUUGAAACUCAUGGGAAAUCACUCCUGGUCCCAAACAGACACUAUUUGAUGAGUUCUUGUUCUGACUUGGAGAAGAAAAAAAAUGCCCUCCCCCUAUUUAGUGCAUAUAUGGAAAUGUAUGUGUCCUGUCCUUUGAGAUCAGAGGUUCUCCAUGGAUUUUACUGCCUAGAGGCUUCCACUGUUUUCUCUGAGGCAGCUCUGAUGAUGUGUUUGAUAGACACUUUCAUAGCAGAAGGUCACAUCUGCCCAGGUAUUUCCAUCAAUCCUUUUGAAAGAGAGAACAAGGUCAAGAUGGCACCACAGCCUUGCUGAACCAGAGCUGGUAGUAAUGAUUUUAGUCCCAGCAAGAGUCUACUGGGCUUCAAAGAGGAGGAGCCUGCUCAGAGAAAGAAGAAAACUGACCAUUUGAUCUAAACUAGAAUCAAGAUGUAGUUUUGAAAUCCUUGGAGUAAGAAUCAUAGCUCACCCAUAGACUUACAAGUAAUCAAGAGAGUUGUUGACAAUUAGCUGGGAGUUCUAUUGCUCUGUGUAGUUAGUCGCAUUGAUGUGUAUUUAAAACCAGACUGAGACCUGAUCAUGUUGUGUGUACUAGGAGAAAAGCAGCAUAGCCAAGAUGCCUAGAUUGCAUGUAGUAUUGUCAGGAGCAGAACUAGGAGUAGAAAGUGUUCUUUUUUCAUUUUUUUCUCUCAAGGCUAGAGCUCUACCACUUGAGCCACACCUCUACUCUAGCUUUCUGGUA